AUGCUAGACCGUGCCAUUUCCAGCGUCUCAGCUGGAGCACGUACUGGGGCUCUCCACUAUCGAAACUUCCCCAGAGCAUUGACUGCAAGCGACAAGAGGGUCAUCUUGGAUAACCUUGGUGGAUUCUGUCGAUACGAUGACUGGGAUCAACUAGAGGCCAGCCUCGACGAUAGAAAUUACGAGGCGCUUUUGAGAAAUCUUACGGCCGCGGUGAUCACGAAGCAUAUCUAUGAGACUGUGAUCACCAACCCAUUCUCGUAUAUUGAGCUCGAGGAGAAUAGCACCACUGUCCAGUCAAGCAUGGAUCCUCCCGUCUUUAAAAGGGGGCUAUAUGAGCUCUGGCAGAGGUUUUCAAGAGUCGAUGGGGAAAGAGCACGAAAUUGGCGACAGACGACUAUCCAACUUCUAAACCAGUCUGUCCCGUCCAAGACAAACGAUUGGAGGGUCACAUAUUGGACGCAGGAGAGCCAGGAACCCCUAUUUCGUCGCUUGGCUUCCGGUAUGCUCGAGGGGUGCCAGGCGCUGCACAUCCUCAUGCGUGAGAUAACCGACCCUGCGGAAAUCAAGAAACGAUACAAGGAACUGGUCGACGUUUACCGAAAUGCGAUCGAUCUGGUAGUCUACAUGGGGAGGGUGGAUCCGAACUUCGAAUUCCAUCUGGAUGCUGCACGGUGCGGGUCCUAUCUGCACUGCAAGAACCGGGUCAAGAAAAAGGGGUGUCCUGAGAGGGAGCCCCGUCAUGAUGAUGAUGAUGAUGAUGAUGAUGAUUGCCCGCAACCGGUGAUGAUUCUCCGGCCUCUCGUGGUGACAUGCCGACAGAUGGACGAGGGGGAUGUUGAGUAUCAAGAGGAACUCCGGGAGAUCUAUCGACUCGAGCACGAAGACGAGACUGGAGAAGAUAUCGAAAAGAAAGUCGAAGAAGCGCAUCCCAAGUUGGAGGUGGGGGAUACCCGUUUCGACGCUUCAGCCAAGUUCCCAGAUAUUUACUAUGCAAAGGACAAGCCACGGCCCUGUACCUGCGGUGGUCGCUUUACUUGUUUUGGACUCUGUCAGCUCAGGGAGAAGGCCGCUGAAUGA